GGCCACUCCACGCUUGGCCAACCCUAUUCGUACAUCUCAAUGUGUAUUUAGUAUACACCACGAUAACCAAAUGAGGUUGACUCAUGGAAACUUAUCAAUCAUCUCAACUGAUCAAGAAGCUUAUCACGAUAUAUCGCAAUAACUGGGUAUAGGCUUGUCACGAUAUGCGUCAUUUUAGCUGUGCGACAUUGCAAUACAAUCGAAAGAAUAGGCUAUAUAAACCCGUAGCCACCUCAUACAUAAUGGAUAAGAUCAAACACCCCGAACUCAUACAUACUAUUGAAGAGUUGAACUCCUUCUUAUCUUUCCUACCUAGUCAAAAUGUCAAAAAGCGACUUUCCCACCUCUCCUAGCCGUAACCACUACGACGUGGUAAUUAUCGGCGGUGCCACCAGCGGCUCCUCGAUUGCAUGGCAUCUCAGCACAAACCCCAACUUCAAAGGCUCAGUGCUCGUCGUUGAGCGUGAUCCUUCGUUGCAAUUCUCCGCCACCAAAGCCAGCAACAACUGCAUGCGACAACAAUUUGCCACAGCCAUCAACGUAAAGAUCGCACAAUAUGCUGCCGACUUUGUCAAACGCUUUGGGGCUGAGUUUCCACCGGACAAAUGCGUGCCGGAUGGUCCUAUUCGCAACUUCGGAUACCUCUAUCUGUCUGAUUCCACGCAAUUCACAGAGGUGCUGAAGAAGGAUCAGCAAUUGCAGGCCAGCUGCGGAGCGGGCACUCAGAUUAUUUCAACGACGGAUAUCAAGCAGAAGUACCCAUUCUUCUACACGGAUGAUAUCGACAGUGGAAGUCUCAAUGUCAUAGACGAGGGUGCAUUCAAUGCCCUCGGCAUGGUCCAAUGGCUCCGCCAAACGGCCCGCGAAAACGGGGUCGACUAUAUUGGAAAUGAAGUGGUUGGCAUGACCGUGGACGGGGAUAAAAUCCGUGGCAUCACAUUGAAAACUGGGGAAAAGGUCACGGUGGACACUCUUGUCAACGCCGCGGGGACUCGUGCCGCGACCAUUUCUCGACUGGCAGGUAUUGACCUGCCUAUUGAGGCCAGACGGCGGUACACCUACAUCUUCUCUGUCGACGAACCACUCCCCCAGGAUCUGCCAUUAACCAUCGAUCCAACUGGUGUCCAUCUCCGCUCGUACGGAGCCAAGGACUAUCUCGUCGGUUGCCCACCAAUCGGACCGGAUACAGCCGUGGAUGUCGAUGAUUUCAGCUUCGCGGAGAAUGCAUGGGAGGAAAAGAUUCUGCCCAUAAUCACUCGCCGUGUUCCAAAAUUCGCCAGUGCCUGUGUUACAAAUGCCUGGAUGGGCCACUAUGAGUUCAACACAUUCGACCAUAAUGCCAUUGUUGGGGCACACGACAAGGUCAAUAACCUUUUCUUCUGCGUGGGCUUUUCGGGUCACGGCAGUCAACAGGCACCGGCAUGUGGGCGUGGUAUUGCCGAGUUGAUUGUUCAUGGAAGUUUCCAAACCCUUGAUCUGAGUUCGCUUUCAUACAAGAGGAUUGUAGAGAAUCAGCCUCUGACGGAGAGAGCGGUUAUCUGAGCCAUGAAUAACAAUUAUACACUGACUAAAUCAAUGCAAA